AUGACUGUUCGCCGUGUGUCUUCUGCAGAGGAUUACGCAAACCUAAAAAAAGAGGCGAGUGACUAUUUGGGACUUGUCGUUCACUUCAGCGCCGGGUGGUGCGAGCCAUGCAAGGAUGUUAACGAGGCAUUGGAGGAGUGUUUGCCGCAAUACAAGGACAGUGUUCUGUUUGCAGAGGUUAACUCCGAGCUCUUGGGCGAUGUGUGCGAAGCUGAGAACGUGGAUUGUGUUCCGUUUAUCACAUUUUUCAGGACUUCUCAGAGAGAUAAGGGACAAGAAAGGGUUGCAGACCUGGUGGGCUGUAAACUUGAUCAAUUGGAGAUGAACCUGAUUUCAUUAUAUGGCACUGGCCAAGACAGGAAAGAGACAUUCCCUGAUCUCAAUGAGUACAUAAAGUACCUUACCUCACGCAAGGGUGUUGUGGCGUUCAUUACAGGUACACCCUCAAGGCCUCGCUGCGGCUUUACCGGAAAGCUUGUAGAGAUUUUUCAUGAACUCGGAAUAAAAUUUAUUUAUUACGAUGUUUGGACAAGUGACGAAGUAUGUGAGGGAUUGAAGAAGUUUUCCGAAUGGCCCACAUUUCCGCAGAUUUAUGUGGAUGGUGAGCUUAUCGGCGGCUAUGACAUAUGUUUGCAAUUAAAAAACUCGGGGGAAUUGAAAAGUACAUUGAAGCAUUGA